AUGGAUGCGCAGAUCCCAGAUGACGGCUUGAAGUGGUUUGGCGAAGGCUUCGAUGGCUUUCCGAGGCGCCUCCCAGACGAUUGCGUGGAGUGUAUCAUUCACGUCAUCGACCAGAAAUUGAACAGCUCCUCAGCGAUACGAGCAAGGCUUACCGAAAUCCUUCGCGCAGCAAACGAUUUGAAGAAGAGGCACCUCCGAGAUUAUAUCUGGCAGCGGCAGCAUUUUAACCUCAACCUCCUUCCAAGACCAGAUCUCGCCAGGUCCGAUAUUUCGCAGGCGUCAAAAGCCACACCGUUUCUCAAGGGCAGGACGGACUUUGGCGACUCGGUUGCUGAUGAGUGGCUCAUUGUUUGGCUUCUGCGGGAGCUCAGCUCACAGUUUCCCAAUGCCUGGAUCCGAGUUUACGACACAGAUGGCGAGUUCCUCCUCAUAGAAGCUGCGAAUGCGCUACCGAAGUGGCUGAAUCCAGAAAUUGCUGAGAACCGCGUCUGGAUGAAUGCAGGUCAUCUCAAGAUAAUUCCACUGGAAAAUGGCUUGACAUCGCAAAACCUGACUUUGCAAGACGCCCUCAACAUAAUCCGCCAAACCCCGGACAAGCUUUUGAUUGAAAGCGCUGUAGAGCAGGAAGCUUUUCACAGACUACGGGAGUAUCCUUACGCUAUCUCUUCUUCUCUGCACAACGGUCUCAUCACAAUUCCUAGAAGACUUGCGUACCUUCUGCACCGCAAUCCUGCCUAUAUCUCUCCUGCUAUUGAAGCGUUCUACCUGCGUGAUCCGAUCAGUCUAAAGCCACUGAGCACGAAAGAUACAGCCACGCUAGUCUUUGCACCAGAAGACUUCGUCACAGUCAGUCUCAAGUUCACCAAAGUCGGCUUCGCUCAGUUGCGGAGUCAAAUUUUCGAUGCUCCUCCAGCAUGGACGGGCAUCAUUCCAAGGCUUCAGGACGAGAAGGUGAUGGUGGGCAUGAAGCUUGCAUGCGGCUUUGAGAUACUGCUAUCCGAUCCUCAGAAUCAAGACAAUAGAGAAGUGCGCGAGAUGAAGCUGCUGUUGGAGGAUAUCGAAAGCGGCGAGGAAGUCCUGCCAGACGAUGCUGAAAUCUCAUCUUGGCCGAAGACUGAGGGCGAUGAGAAAUGGCUUGACAUUGAUUACAACGACUUCGAGAAGGAACUUUCGGGAAAAGCAGCAUCUGGUCAGCAGACAACUAAGGAUGGCUUUGGAGAUAAGGGUGCACAGGAAAAUCUGCGUAAGAUGGUGUCACGCUUCGAAGACUUCAUGAAAGACGACGAAGCUGGCGUGGAUGGUAUUGACGACAUCAGCGGUAGCGAGGACGGGGACUCAGAAGAUGACCUAAAAGCGGAGAAGUCGGAUAUUGAUGACGUGGAUUUCGAGAACGCCAUGCGUGAGACACAAGCCAUGCCGAAAGAGCAGCUUGAACAGAGCGGUCUUCUUGCAGAAGCUCGCGUAUUAGCGCUACAAGAUGCCGAAGAUGCAAGCGAUCUCGAGGAAGAUGAAGAAAUCCGCGAAAUCCUGCGAGCACUGGGAGAAGAGCUCCAAGGUCAUGGCGCACUCGAUCUGAGCAAUGGAAGGAUCAAGAAAGAUGAUGCAGAAGAAAUCGGACCUGGCGACGAAGAAUUGAUCUAUGAUUACGAAGACUAUAAUGAUGUGGAUUUGGGUCUUGCGGAGAAUAUGCUUGAGAGCUUCAAGGGCCAGGCUGGUAUGAGUGGACCUGCGGGAAACUUAAUGAGGUCGCUUGGUGUCAACAUGCCAAGGGAUGAAGAUGGCGAUUAG